AGGGGCGUGGCCCAUUGAUUGCGCGAAGCCUCCUUUUUGUUUCCCCAGGAGGCAAGCGGAGAAUGGAUGUGGUUUUCGGGUGAGUUUUUGCAGAGGAUGCAGCUGCGCGGGGUGUGGCUGGUGCUGGAUGCCGCUUUCCUGGCCGCGCUGCUCCUCCUGAAGGUGCUGCAGCCUCCGCCCGGGUCUUCGUCGCUCAGCCUUGCGGGGCUCUUCCACUCUCUGGUGCGCUACGGGAAGACCAAGAGCGGCUGUGGACAGCGCCCAGCCUGGCAGCAGUACUUCGAUGUGCCUAAAAGAGACUUUCUUUUGAUUGCAUUGGCAAACAUGUGUUCUGUUGUGGAGCCUGAGCUGGAAACAGCCAAUCCUCCCACAUUUGCUUGGGGUGUGGGAGACUCAGGCCCCUCUUGGCUUUGGGUAAAAGUAGCUGCUGCUAUCUUUCUGAAGCUCUUAAUUAGAGCUGAGCCCUCCUUAAAGGGAGUCAUUCACGUUAUGCAGUAUUUCUUUGGACUCUCUUACUACGUGCUGGUGGGCUUAACAGUGUUAAGUCAAGUGCCACUUCGUGUCUGGGCAGGGAGAGGGGACAGGCUGAUUGUCUGCUGGUACCAUGUCCUUGGAUUCCUGAUGUUUGUUUGGGCCUCCGUUCAUCAACACAGGUGCCUUAUGAUUCUAGCAAAUCUGAGGAAAGAUAAAUCAGGAGAGGUGGUAAGUUUGGACCACAGCAUUCCUUUUGGCGACUGGUUCGAAAUGGUCUCAUGUCCGCACUACUUUACCGAAGUCCUGAUAUACAUAUCGAUGGGUGUUACGUUUGGAUUUAACAACGUGACCUGGUUGCUUGUGAUGACAUACGUGUUUUUUAACCAGGGUGUGAGUGCCUUGUUGUGCCAUGAAUUCUACGUGAACAACUUCAAGCACUAUCCAAAGCAUCGGAAAGCAUACAUACCUUUUCUCCUUUAAGCUAUUUGCUUUAAGUAAGUGAAUGCCAAAUUCAGCAUUUCAUCUGAAAAGAAUGCCUGAAGUCUCUGGGUAUCUGGAUUUGGCUGAAACUGAAUUGACAUGAAGGUUCUGAAAUGGCCUAGGUAGUUCUGCUUAUUGUUCACUGGUAAAGAAUACAAAAACAUUAUUUGUGAUGCUAA